UCUCCCCUGGCUGUCUCCCCGCUGUUUCCCUGGUUUCCGUUGUGAAGGAAGCAGCGUCUGGUUGUUAAGAUGGCCGGGCGCGGUGUGCUCUCCCCGGACCCGGGAUCCUGCACUCAGCUCUGACCGGAGACACAACCGACCGGCCUGGAAACCGAGCAUCACCGACCGACCGAGAGACAGCGGCUUCCCGAGCACAGACCGACUGGAGAUCCAUCUCAUUCACUAAUGGAGGACACUCACUGACUGUCUCCCACUCACCCUCACUGACUGUCUCCCACUCACUCACUGACUGUCUCCCACUCACUGACUGUCUCCCACUCACCCUCACUGACUGUCUCCCACUCACCCUCACUGACUGCAACACUCACUGACUGUCUCCCACUCACCCUCACUGACUGUCUCCCACUCACCCUCACUGACUGUCUCCCACUCACCCUCACUGUCUGCAGCACUCACUGACUGAACCUGGACCCUACUUACCCUCACUGUGUGUCACCUGGACUCCACUCACCCUCACUGCCUGUCACCUGUAUCCUACUCACUAUUUAUUAUUCCUUACUCAUACUACAUUAUUUUCACUCUCCUCCACAGUGCCCACUCAUCCAGCAUUGGUUACUGUAUUAAUCAACUGCCACAUGUACCCCAAUAAUUCUGCACUGGCUGCAGCAUUCACUAUCACCCCUCUCUCUCCCCAUCACAAAGCCCCACUCACCCUGUAUUCACAUCCAGACAGCCACACUCACCCACAGAACCCCACUCACCCUACACUGUCCUACCCAGAGAUUCAUUCACCCUACACUGAUAUAAAAAAAAAACUCUGCUUAUCCUGAUUAUACUAAAGAGAAGCCCACUCAAUGUGCCCAGACCACUCCGAACCCUACUCAUUCUGAUUCAUAUACAUUCACUCAGACCUGCACUCACAGUACAUAUUGACCUGCACAGUCUCCCACUCAGUAAUCAGGCAUGCUAACUUGUACCCCAUAUAAACUACACAGUGACAUGAACUAUAGUUUGCUCAACCAGACACAUUGACCAACGCUGUACCCAAUAAGGUGCCAGUAACUCCUUAACAGCACAUUCUGAACUCUUGCCACAUUACACUGACCAGUAUUAUCCCACAUACACCUGAUUUCUUUUCUUUUCACUUUUUCCAUUGACACCUGAUCUGUGUUAAUUGCUAUUCACACUUUUGAUGUCCUGUUUUCCCUAACUGCUUGCCUUUAUAAUGUCAUAUUGGCCACUCACUAAUUAUUAUUUCAUUUACUUAACAUGCCCCUGAAAUCGUAUUACCCCACAUUAACACCUCUUUGAAAUAUACCAAAUCCACGUCACCUAGGCUGCGUAACAUUGUUAUCUCACAUGCAGACACAUUACCUUAGUGUUUGUUGUGUCUGGAAGAUUUACCCCAUGCUGCUAUAAACACACAGAUCUGCAUUUUUCACUCUAUAAAACAACACAGCAUUGUUCCAACUGACUUUCAUACAAGCAAGCUUCCUAUCAUAUGAUGAGCUAUGUUAUUGAUCCACAAAAGUUUUAUGUUUUCAAUCAUCAUUUGGACCAGUAAAUAUUUUUGAAUGAAAAACAGAAGAAUUCUUUUUAGUCUGCGGUGGUGAAUUGUAGCCAGAAAGAAACAUGCAGAACCGUCACACCAAAUCAUAUUCAAAUUUGAAAACGCAACUGGAAAUCGACUUGGAGGAAGAACGGCAAACUCUGCUGCAAGAUCAGAAGGUAUAUCGGAUGCGCGCACAGAAACUAUCCGUUGAAACAAAUCGCCGAAGAAAAGCUUUAGAAGAAAAAAGAAAAGAGGAGGAAGAAAAGGAACAGAAAUUUAGAGAAGAGGUUCUGCAGCAAAGAAAGUUAAAAUUACAGGAAGCAACAGAAAAGUUUCAGCGAGCCCAUCUUCCCCCCUCACAGCGUAGAAGAACCGCUUAUGUUGUUAGUCGAAAACCAACACCGAACUUAGAGGAUGCUCUUGAACAAAUUCAGGGAUCCGUUUCAUCCACAAAUUACUAUUUAUUUCCAAACAGAAACUCCGGCAAUACAAGAUCUAGAGGUACACCUUCAAGUUUGUUUUCAGCAGGAAACGGGACCUGGCAUAAAAAUAAACGUCCAGACUCCGCACUGGGGUUUGAAAGACUAGUUCACGAACAAAAAAUUACGAAUACGAACCAAUAUGAUAGCAAUCGACUUUACUUCCAGCACAAGCUUGAGGAAGCACAGCGGCUCUUAGAAGAGCACCACCUCAGCAACCUGCAGAAUUUCCACCAGGAAGUAAACCAACUUGCACGUUCUAAGAGCUUGGACAGUUUAGACAGUCUUGAAGAAGAACUUGAUGAAAAAGACCAAAAGAAUGUACUAGAAGAUUUCAUUUGUGAAAAUGGAUACAAAGAAAUCUCUCCUUACAGUAUAAAUAAUUCUGAUCCAGAAGCAAAACAUUGCAAUCUUAAUGAAAAUACUAGUUAUUUGAAUGAUAAAAAUUUGUUGUUUGAUCAGAUGCCUACUGCCAAGUAUUUACAUAGCAGAGACCAAGCAAUUAUGCUUGCUCAUACAACUGAGCAACAAGGAACAAACUAUUUUAUCCAGAAUCAAACUACACAUACUGAAAAUGCUCUGGUCCCUUCCACCCAAAAUCAAGAAAAUGGCCAAAAGUUUAUUUUUGAUCACAAAAUAAGAAAUUGUGAUUUGGGCAGUGGAGAAAAAAGAACUUCUCAUUUUGUAGUUGUACCUAACAAAGCUUGGGCCACUCCUGAUCCAACCUCAAGAGAUGCCAGUCAAUGCUCUGUACCACAGGAAAACAAAGAAACAAUAAAACCCCAAGGAGUAUCAUUUAAACCUACAGUGACUCAGCCCAUGGCAACACCAGUAAUCGUUCCACUUGUGGAAUGGGAACAUUCUGCCUCUAAAUGUCAUGAUGGAGUAGGCACCUAUGUAAAAAAGGAUAAUAAUUUUGUGCCUUCAGAUACUAGAACAAAUAAUUUGACUGCUACGAACAAUGCAGAUUUUAUUUUGAUGAAUAAUAAGCGGACGGAGUACCUAGACAGUAAAAAUCAGGAGCUACUGGUGCAUGAAGAUGCAUCUUUGAUGUCCUCUGUCAAUAAAGAUUUUGGUGUACUACAUGAUCAAAGUCCUUCUUCUUCAAGUACCUCAGUUACUCCCACUGAUCCUGAGCCUGGAUUCAUUGGACAGUACAGAAAGACUAGAAAUAAUGCUUCUGGGAAGGAUGGAAACCGAUUACUGAAGAGUAUUUUAAAAAAGGGCUCUAAAUAUGAAAAUGGGUACAUAAGAGGUAUGGGUUUUAGCAAAGUGUUGCAUCUUGGGGAUAAGAGUAACCUCGGUGUCAGAGACAGUGUUGAACUAACCAAAGAAAAAGAAAGUAAAAAAAUAAUCUGUAAAAAACUUAGAUGGUUAGACGAAAUUGAUAAAAUGAUGGAUGGAAAGGAUGCUGUGGUUGUAAACAAACGUGUAUCUGGUGUAGAAAAAGCUACGUCUGAGAAUCUUUCUAGUACAAGUCAUCAAGGAUGUGCCUUCUCAAAUACUAAUUUAUUACCAGAAAGAACAGAACCUUUAAGUGUGCCACAAAGUUCUGUGUUUUCUACGGGUUACCAUUUCACUAAACAAGCUUGGGUAACCUCAAAAGGAGUAGAAAGUAACUCUUCAGAGCAUAACAGUAGAAAUUUACCUAAGGCAAAGACUAAAUUAGUAAAGAGACCAAAAUCUGCUAAAAAUCAAUACACUGUUACCCACAGAAAUAGAAAGGGCACCAUUAUACGACCACAAUCGGCCACAGAGGCAAGCAAGAUUUUAAAGUCUCAGGGAAAAGUUAUGAUGCCACAUCCUCCACCGAGACCAGCAUUAGAAAACAACAGUGGUCAAAAUGCAACAGAUGCCAAGACGCAAUACGUAAAUAAUGAGACUUACCAGUUUAAUAACUCUAGCAAUAGCAGUCAUAUAACUGCCAAGGACACCGGCUCAAAUCAAAGCUUAGUACGUGCCUCCGGCAAUUUGAUGACAAACCAAAACUGCAAUUCAUCAGAACCAACGAUAAAAUCAGUGCUGGCUUUAAAUAAUGACCGGCCUUUGGCUGUGCAAGAACCUUCAUCAGGCCCCACCAAAAGAUAUCCAAUUUAUGGCGAAAAUGGACUGCGCUUGGACCAUACACCUACCGAUGAAGAAAUUGCUCUUCUAUGGCAAGGAGUCCGAAGUGCCUUAAAUCACAAAAAUGCAGGGGAUUUCCGUUCUGGCGACCUGGUGUCUAACUUGAACUCUUCGCGGCCUAACCUGUCACAUGUUCUUAUUGAUGGAGGAACUCUGCUGAGUAACUGGAAGUCAUUUUCUAGAAUGAAUGGGGCCUUCUCACCUGCUAACAAUGGUUAUAUUACACUUGCAAGACGGAAACAGAUUGCAGACAGCAGUGAAAAUAAACGCAGAGCUCUGCUGGAGCAAAGAAACGGCAGAGCAAACUCUGCAGGAUUGAGAAAUCAACAUGUGCAGAACCCGCAUACCCUGAAGAUAAAUCCAUUUCCGAGCGCUCAUGAGCCAUUCCAAACCUAUAACACCCCACGUUUCAAUGAAGUUUCAGAUAGCACAGCUCAGUUUAUGGUGGCUGAGAAUCUAGUGGAAACAUCUGCUACGGAUGGAGAAAUUAUAGCUGCCAUGCAAGCAAUCCCUACCAAGCAAAAUGUUCUGAAUCACAAAGCUCACACCAUAGGGCCCAGUGCGUUAUCUCUGGAGGAACAGAGACUUCUUCAGUCACUGGAUCGGCUCAAUCAAAGGCUGCAGAACGUGCAAGAUGUUAUUGUCAAACCACCAAUUGCUGCAAAUGGAUUCAAAUCACCACUGAAUAUUCAGCAGUUGUCAUCGCAACCUACAGAGAACACCACACAAAUGCCUAAAUAUCGCAGUUACUCUGCUGACCCACGCACACGGCUGCAAAGAAGAUACUGAUCUGGCAGGAUCAUCUCUCUUCUUCCAUGUUAAUAUCUGCCAUUGUAGAAUAACACGGUGUAUAUAAUUGUCUGUGUAUUUAUGCAUAUUCACAUAGAGAUAUCCUUUAUAUGCUGUGUACAAUACACUUGUACAGAUUUGUUUUCAGACAUCAAUCGGAAUGAGGUUAUGGUACCGACCUCCGUUUCAUUUUAUUUUAAUCUUGUAUUUCUAAAGAUAUUUAUUUUUUUAAACUAUUUUGCUUUGUUUUGGAGGGAG